AGUGUUUGAAAAGGUGAUUCAUUUUCAGGGUCUUUGCGUGCACGUUCUUGAGCUCAUCUUCCAAUCGCUUCCUGGCCAGCGCAACUUUCCUUGAAAAUCAUGCUUGUCGACAGCUUUGAAGUCCAGUCGCCGAAUGUGGUGUACUCGGACGAGUUUAUCACGAGCACGUAUGAUUACGCGUCGACGAAGCUGGACCGUGCGCCUGAUGGAAAAUGGGUCGUCAAGCCGACGAAUUCCACUUAUCAGUUCCGCGUCGACCGCCGCGUUCCAAAGCUUGGAGUGAUGCUAGUUGGCUGGGGUGGAAACAACGGCACAACCCUGACCGCUGGUAUUCUUGCAAACAAGCAUGGUAUCACCUGGAUGACCAAGGACGGCCUGAAGAAGCCUAACUUCUAUGGCUCGCUCACUCAGGCCGCUACCGUCCGCGUUGGCAACUAUGAGGGCGAGGAGGUAUAUGCUCCUUUCAAGGCUCUCUUACCAAUGGUCGAGCCAACAGAUAUUGUCCUUGGUGGGUGGGACAUCUCCGGCAUGAAUCUUGCAGAGGCGAUGGAGCGCAGUAAAGUCCUGGACUGGACCCUUCAGGAACAGCUGGUGCCCUACAUGCGCGACAUGGUGCCCCUUCCUGGUAUUUACGAUCCAGACUUCGUUGCUGCGAACCAGGAAGAGCGCGCUGACAACCUCAUUAAGGGCAGUAAACGCGAGCAGAUGGAGACGGUUCGGCAGCAGAUCCGGGCCUUCAAGGAGUCAAACUCACUGGACAAGGUGGUUGUCCUUUGGACGGCUAAUACUGAGCGCUUUGCUCAAGUUAUGGAGGGUCUGAACGACACGGCGGACAACCUGAUGGCCGCCAUCGACCGCAAUGAGGCCGAAAUCGCUCCCAGCACGCUGUACGCUGCGGCCUGCGUUCUGGAGGGCGUGCCGUUCGUAAACGGAUCGCCACAGAAUACCUUCGUGCCGGGCAUGAUUGAGCUUGCCGUCAAGCACAAUGUGCUAAUCGGUGGGGAUGACUUCAAGUCAGGGCAAACCAAGCUUAAGUCCGUGCUGGUGGAUUUCCUGGUUGGCGCUGGCAUUAAGCCCACGUCCAUCGUCUCGUACAACCACUUGGGCAACAAUGACGGUCUGAAUCUCUCUGCUCCCCAGACGUUCCGCAGCAAGGAGAUCUCCAAAUCAAAUGUUGUUGAUGACAUGGUUGCUUCUAACAGCAUUCUUUACGCCCCUGGAGAACAUCCGGAUCAUGUGGUCGUCAUCAAGUACGUACCGUACGUGGGCGACUCGAAGCGGGCUAUGGAUGAGUACACGAGCGAGAUCUUUAUGGGUGGCCGCAACACCCUCGUCAUCCACAACACGUGCGAGGAUUCGCUCCUGGCUGCACCCAUCAUCCUGGAUUUGGUGCUGCUUGCGGAAUUGAUCACGCGCAUUAACUUGAAGAAGGACGACGAGGAUGCUUUCCGCGGGUUGCACCCCAUCGCCGUCCUCCUAUCUUACCUGACCAAGGCGCCGCUGGUUCCUUACGGCACGCCGGUCGUGAACGCGCUGGCUAAGCAGCGGGCUAUGCUUGAAAACAUCCUGCGUGCCUGUGUUGGGCUCGCGCCAGACAGCCAAAUGUUGCUGGAGUUCAAGGCGUGAGAGGAACGGGAAUGGGCUAGAGGGUGGCGAGAGUCUUCAUAGGGCUUGCAGGGGAGGUCCAGCGGUAAACAGAGCAGUAUUGAGUGCAGAGUGCAGACAUGUCGUGCAUUGUGUGGGAUAGGCUAGGGGGGCGAGGUUGCAUUCAUUAGGCUCUGUCGUGGCCGGGCUCAUCUACGUAUGGGCUAAGUAGCACCGUUCCCCGUAUUGUGACAGUUAAACUUUCGAUUUGACAUCGUUGCUAUUUGUUUAUACUUGGCUUUAUACAUGUGCAAGUGGAGGUGGACUUCAGCUACGCAGGUUUCUCUUGCCGACGCACAAUAUCCUGCGGCACUUGUGUUGUUUUUCUCGGCCUAGCCCGUUCCACAUUGUGCACCUAUUGACGGAGUUGGGGUAUGUUGUGUAUCAUUAGCCCAUGGCCGGGGUUAAUUUUCCUGGGGGCAGCCUCUACAGAGGAGACACGAGACAUUUCGUUUGUGAAAACUGGAGGAAGAUAUUGUUAUUGGCGCACGUCGGAUGUAUUUUACACAGACGUUCACAUCGCCGACAGUUGCGAAGAGGCACUUGGUUUGUGUGCGUGUAUGUGCCUGUCUGCAAAAGCCAUCGUUUAAGGCACGCCGACUCAUUGAAGAACUAUGUAACCCCAAAGGGUUUUGCAUGAUGCGCCUAGAAACUGGUCUAAUGUAAUCAAACUAUAAAUUACAACCCCAACAAGUAACCAACUGGCUUUUUCCUACGCUCCUAGAUCUGCGGUUACGACUACUAAACUUGCUUCACUCUUAAUGGAGUAUCGGUACAGCCCAUCGGACCAGUUACGCCCAUGGACCACCUGUGCUAGCUAGGCUUGAUGAUACCCACAUUGCAACAAGGUGUAACGUGACACGUAAUGCAUAUUUCCACUGUUGCAGAUAACAAUGCAAAAAAUGCAAGCCGAUUGAUUCCAGCAUCGUUGGGUGCUGGUAUGUAGCCAUUACUGACGGCAAUCCCAAAAAUGAAGCAGAGUUUGUCCCAGCUCAAAUCUUGACGCCCAUUUCCAAUGCCGCCGCCGCAAGCUUCUCUUCAGCUAAGGGCAUCUUCAGGAGCUCCGUCAAAAUCAUGCGACUGCGCACCCCGCACAUAUCUGUGUCGGGUAAGCCUUUAGUUGUUACCACACGUACAAGGGGAUGAAGGACGCCGGCGUCCAGCGCGCGGUUUUUCGCCUUGAUAUCCAGCAAGGCAAGGUUGUGCAGCGCCCCCAGGGCGUGGUCCAUCACCUGUUCGCUGACUGGGG